GCUAUGAGAGAGGAUAGAGCAGUCGGGCAUGUAGGGAGAGAAACAUUAAAAAGCUGGUUAUGACAACGAUCUCUUAACGUUAACAGUAGUAGCUGCCUGUCGGUUAAGUGUGGGACAGUUAACAGUGUUUUCACAUCGUGAAAGAUGGGAUUAGAGCGUCUGCUGUGCGGGGCGUUGGAGUUUUACUCCAGACAGUUUCGACUCGUUAAUAUUCAGCACAAAGUCAAAGUCUUUCGAAACUCGUCCGCGUCGGCACAGAGUUCCCCGAACAGCGGUCUGUCCAACCGGCUUACAUUUAUUUCGGGACUGCGCAGUGGGACAUUCGUCCACGCAAGCCGUCGCGGUCCCGCUCACGGACAGCUGGCAGCAGGGCGAAACCUCUCCACCUCUGCCCAGCCCCCCAGAGAUGUCACGCUCUUCGAGCACGACAGGACCGGCUUCUUCCGACUUCUCUCGGUCUUCUGCGGCGGACAGUUUGUUUUUUGGACAUACCUGGCUCACUUCGCGUACACCGGACUCAAAAACACAGGGGGUGCUACAGCGAAAGAGAAAGCCAAGGCGUCCUCCACCUCCACCACCACCACCACCGGGCUGGCUGGGAUGUGGAGUUUUGAGAUGAACCUGGGGUCAAACACCUGGAGGUACGGCUUCACGCUGGGAUGCAUGGCAAUAGGAGCUGGGAUAAUCGGGCUCGGGAUUCUGUUUUGCCGUCGCUCUGUGAGCCAGGUGGUUUUACAUCAAGGGGGGAGGAUGGUUACCAUCUGCACACAGUCACCUUUGGGACCAGGCCGAGGCCGGAGAAUAACAGUCAAGCUGUCCGAGGUAGCCUGUCACUCUCACAGAAGCGAGUCCCCCUCAUUCAUUCCUCUCAGGGUCAAAGGACACAGGUUCUACUAUCUCAUGGACAAAGAGGGGACCCUGAACAACGCUAGGCUGUUUGAUAGCACUGUUGGGGCAUAUCGGUCAAUUUAAGUUGGGGUUUCCAAAACUGUGUUAGGCACCAAUAACCAGUUGAUAACUGGUCAGUAGACCUGAUUUUUACAUAACUGUAGCAUGCCAGUUUCUGUUUGAUUGUUUCUCUUCACUGAAAUAAAAUGUGCAAGAUCAACAGUAUAGACUG